GAAACCCUCGCCUAUAAAUCCUUGGCGUCCCUGCCUCUGCAAACCCUCUCGCUCUGUAGCCAGCUCCGCUUUCCUCUCAUAUCAGUAUUCUUCGUUGUUUGGGAGGAGCCACAAACCAAUUCUGCAACAUGAUCGUUUACCAGGAUCUCCUCUCAGGUGAUGAGCUUCUCUCAGAUUCAUUUCCAUACAAGGAGAUUCAGAAUGGAAUGCUGUGGGAAGUUGACGGAAAGUGGGUUGUUCAAGGAGCAGUUGAUGUAAACAUUGGUGCCAACCCAUCCGCAGAAGGUGGUGAGGAUGAUGAGGGCCUGGAUGACCAGGCCGUCAAGGUUGUUGAUAUUGUUGACACAUUCCGUCUCCAGGAACAACCUUCUUUUGACAAGAAGCAGUUCGUUACAUACAUAAAGAGGUACAUCAAGUUGCUUACACCAAAGCUGGAUGCGGAGAAACAAGAGGAGUUCAAGAAGAACGUUGAAGCAGCAACUAAGUUCCUGCUUUCAAAGCUGAGUGACCUCCAAUUUUUUGUAGGAGAGAGUAUGUCAGAUGAUGCUAGUGUGGUCUUUGCAUACUAUAAGGAAGGUGCAACUGACCCAACAUUUUUGUACUUUGCACAUGGGUUGAAGGAGGUUAAGUGUUGAGCAAAGAAGACAAAGGAUAAUUGUUGAAGUUUGAUUUUGUUUUUACAUGCAUAUUAGUUUUAGUUUGGAUUUAGAAUUUGCGUGCUUUAUUGCUUAUGAUGUCUCUGGCUUAUAUACUACUAUCCCCAGUUUUAUCACCUAUUGUGUAUUUUAACUUGCCUAAUUUUAUAAUUUAGUGACACUAUUCUAAGUC